AUGGCUCCUAAUGGCAUUGAUGUUCAAGACAUGCAGCGUUUGGACGGCCAUAUAGAGAUAACCGCAAAGUAUCCUAUUGCUUGUGGUGGUUACGCCGACAUAUAUCCCGGAAUUUGGCACGGUGGCCUAGCUUUCUUAGGUCCCGGAGUAUGGACUGGCGACUCUGCAGUCUCUGGCCGAAAUGUUGCUGUGGGUACCGUUGAUAUUUAUAUCGUUCCCCUUCCUCAUUCACGAACACUGCCCUCCAACAAGGUCGCCAUCAAAGUCUUUCGAGAUGCGCACAACAAGGCGAAUACUCCAGAGGCUCAGUGGAAGUAUUUGAAGCUUUUGAACAAGGAGUAUCGUGUUUGGGCGCUUCUUCGCCAUCCAAAUGUGCUUCCGUUGUUCGGGUUGAUUGACGACCCAGCAAUUCCUUCCACCGGUAUUGUGGCACCGCGCUGCACUUUCGGCGAUCUCCGCGCUUUUUUCUCUGACCCGGCAAGAGCGUCUGUCAACAGACUGCCUAUCGUGAGGGUCACCUUCACGGCAUAA